UCUCGGUAUCUUUCUCCAAUCUCUUAGUCUCUUCGUUCUAGGAUCUCUCAGCACCUUUCUUCUACCUUCUAAUCGCGUAACCAUCUUCUUGGUCUCCAGACGCGUUUGUACCUCAGGCCUGGCUUCCAGGGUGACGGUCUCCUCCCCUCCCUGUGCUUCCCCCACAACGGCUCGCUCUCCAUUUCUGAAGCGCUAUGACUGGUCGGACUUGGGCACCAGGACUUUCUUUUCCUUGUAGAGUAACCAGAAUGAGCUACUCGGAGAAGCCCGACGAGAUCACGAAAGAUGAGUGGGUGGAGAAGCUCAAUAACUUACAUGUUCAGCGAGCAGACAUGAACCGGCUCAUCAUGAACUACCUCGUCACAGAGGGCUUUAAGGAAGCUGCGGAAAAGUUCCGGCUGGAGUCUGGGAUUGAGCCUAGUGUGGACCUGGAAACGCUGGACGAGCGAAUCAAGAUCCGGGAGAUGAUCCUGAAAGGGCAGAUCCAAGAGGCCAUCGCGCUCAUCAACAGCCUGCACCCAGAGCUGCUGGACACCAACCGCUACCUGUACUUCCAUCUGCAGCAGCAACACCUGAUCGAGCUGAUCAGGCAGCGGGAGACGGAGGCGGCGCUGGAGUUUGCCCAGACACAGCUGGCGGAGCAGGGCGAGGAGAGCCGGGAGUGCCUGACGGAGAUGGAGCGCACUCUGGCCCUGCUGGCCUUCGACAGCCCCGAGGAGUCGCCCUUUGGAGACCUCCUCAACAUGAUGCAGCGGCAGAAGGUAUGGAGCGAGGUGAACCAAGCUGUCCUCGACUAUGAGAAUCGAGAGUCCACCCCCAAGCUGGCCAAGCUACUGAAACUCCUGCUUUGGGCUCAGAAUGAGCUGGACCAGAAGAAAGUGAAAUACCCCAAAAUGACAGACCUCAGCAAGGGGGUGAUUGAGGAGCCCAAGUAGGGCCGCCAGCUGGCGCCCCAGUGCGCCAUAUGCCCGGGACUGACGGCAGCAGAGGACAGACGGAUGCGGCCUUGGUUUUGGUUUUGAGGCAGCUUCUCUCCCGAGCCUCACACGGCCUGCAGGUGCUGGGAGUGCUGGGACAGCACCACCUGUCGCUGUCUCGGAGCCUCCGCUGCAGGGUUCAUCACAGACGCCGAGGGCUGAGGGCUGGGUACUGGGGGACACGGCCUCCUCAGGCCCCCAGCUGGGAGGGUGAGGGAGCACGGGUCUGUUUCUCUCAGGGCUAAGAGGCAGACACGGGCUUCCUCAUACCCCUUUGGGCUGGCAGGCUUUUGAUGAGACAUGGCGCCCUCCCUCGGUUGUUCAUUUUUCAAGGACAGAAUAUAUAAAUUUGUAAAUCCUCAUUCAAGGACUUGUGUUGCGUGCAGGUCUGGAGUUUGCUUUCCUUCCCUGGGGCCUUGGGCCGCGUGCUCUAGGCUGUGUGCGUGUGUGCGUGCGUGCGUGCGUGCGUAGGGGGGACAGGCUGCGUGGUCCUGUUUUCAGUGUGCGUGGGUGCUGUUGAGAGCUGCACUUCACUGGCCUGCGGCCCUCUUUUCUAGACAGUGAUGCUGGAAAUAAAGGCUUCUCUGAUUUCAACAGUGA